AUGUUACCAAGGGAACAGAACAGCGAGGGGAAAGCAGCAAAGACGACCCUUUCUGAGCUGAAGCCCAAGAAGCUGAAGCAGGAGGGCGUUUGCUACGUGGAUCCUCCGGAUGGCGGCUGGGGAUGGAUGGUUGUGCUGCACUGCUUCCUGGUGAAUGUUCUGGUGAUGGGCACGCUGAAGAGCUUCGGGAUUUUCUUCGUGGCGUUCCAGGAUGAGUUUGGGGGCUCAGCCGAGAGCAUCAGCUGGAUCGGCUCCAUCAUGUCCAGCCUGCGGCUCUCUGGAGGUCCCCUGGCCUCUGUGGCCUGCGCGAAGCUGGGGAACAGGACGACGUCCAUAAUCGGGGCGGUGCUGGUGAGCGCAGGGUUCCUCAUCAGCAUCCUGGCUACCAGCGUGGUCUUCCUCUACAUCAGCAUGGGGCUGAUAGUGGGUCUUGGCUUUGCACUUCUCUACCAAGCCACAUCUGUCGUCACGGCGACCUAUUUCAGGAAGAGGCUGGCAACAGCUUACUCCAUCGGUCGCUCUGGGAUGGGUUUGACCUUUGCCCUGGCUCCCUUCACGCAGCUUCUGCUCGACCAGUACGCCUGGCAGGGAGCUUUGCUGAUCUUGGGAGGUCUGAUGCUGAACUUGGUGGCUUCUGGGAUGCUUCUGAGGCCCAUACAUGUUAGACUUUCCUCCUCCUCUCCAGCACCAGUCCACAAAGACCAAACCAGCACACUGAUUGGACCAGGGAAGGAGCCUCCAAAGGCAUACCAGAACGGCUCCUCUCCUUUGACUAAUGGCACUGCCAAAUCGGACCCUUCCUCUGGACCCCCCUGGGACAUCCCAACCCCAGAGAAGCCGGGUCCAGAGCUCAAAGCCCCACACACUUCAGAACUGUCCAGGCUGGUCCAAAACGGUGUCAGCGGUCAAGAAGUUGACCCAGGCACGGAGGUUCCAGGAGACGUCUCUCAGGAGCAGAAUGGGAAAUUAGCAGCAGCAGGGAGGUCACUGCAAGGCAAUAAACUCACGGAGCAGCUCCCAAAAAACACCAAAGUGUUGGAUUUUGCACUUCUGAAAAAUCCUUUCUUCUGCAUCUAUACAUGGUCCCUGGUCUUCAGCCAGCUGGCCUACUUCAUUCCUUACUUUCACCUGUCGGCCCGAGCCAGGAACCUGGGCAUCGACCCCAUGGACGCCUCCUUCAUCAUCUCAGUGGCAGGGAUCACAGAGACAGUGGCCCAGCUGGUGUCAGGCUGGGUGACAGACAGAAACCUCCUGCAUAAGUACCACUACCACAAGGCCUACCUUAUCCUGUGCGGUGUGGUCAACCUGCUGUCCCCGAUGGCCGACUCCUACAUCCUGCUCAUGGUCUAUGCUGUCUUCUUCGCCGUCUUCUGCGGCGGCUACAUGGCACUGCUGCUUCCAGUCCUGGUUGACCUGGUGGGGCCGGAGAAGCUGAACAACUCCAUGGGAUUCUCCAUGUUCUUUGUGGGGCUCGGCUGUCUCACAGGGCCCCCCCUGGCAGGCUUCCUGUAUGACUACACACAGACCUACGACUGCUCCUUUUACCUGGCAGGAGUGUGCUACCUGCUGUCCUCAGUUUCUCUCUUCCUGGAGCCUUUGGCCCGUAGAUGUCAGAGGUCAUCCAAAGUCAAGGACCUGACCAACAUCUGCUCCCGCUCAGAGCCCCUGAACAAUGGCGUCGUCUAG